UCAUGGAAUUUGAGUUUCUGUUUCUGGGUUAUGGAUUUUGGAGAUAUUAGGGUUUUGCUAAAUCAAAGACGUUUCUUUUGGGCAUUGACCAUGAAGCUGAAAGAGUCUCCGACAACGAUGAAAAAGAAGACGAACGAAGAAUAGAGAAAAAAUAGUUUUUUUUGGGCUGAAAAUUAUUUGAGGAGCAGGAAUUAAAGCCAAUUGAAUAUUCACAGAUUAGCCCAAAGAAUCUCAGGACAAAUGGACUAAAUCGGCAGAUGUCACACUCAUACAAGUGGCUCACUGGGUUGAGGAUUCGUGUAUUGUCCAUCUGAAGUUUUAGUUUGAAGUUAUGCUCACAUGGGUGAUAUUCAAGAAAGAUUGUCAGUUUCAUCAUCUUCGUCUUCUUCAUCAUCCUCAUUGUCGCUAUCAACAGCACAACCUAAAGGGGAUUCAUUGCCAAUAGAUGGUGAGUCUUGGAUGAUUGCAGAAGAGAGAGCUCAUGAGAUACUAAACACUAUACAACCUGCCGUUGUUUCAGACAGAAGUAGGAAUGAGAUCAUUGAUUAUGUACGAUCCCUAAUCAUGAGUCAUUAUGGAAUUGAGGUCUUUUCGUUUGGUUCAGUGCCACUAAAAACCUAUCUCCCAGACGGAGAUAUUGAUCUGACGGUCCUAACCAAGCAAAAUGUGGAGGAUAAAUUCUUGGAAAAACUGUUCGAUACGCUUAAAAGUGAAGAAGGGGAAUCUAAAUUCCAUGUAACUGAUGUUCAACUUAUCCCUGCACAGGUCAAGGUCUUAAAAUGCAACAUCAGGAACAUUCAUGUGGAUAUCUCCUGUAAUCAAACGGCGGGUCUCUGCGCGUUAUGUUUUCUGGAACAGGUUGACCAACUCUUUGGGAGAGAUCAUCUUUUCAAGCGUAGCAUCAUCUUAAUUAAAUCUUGGUGCUAUUACGAGAGUCGAAUUCUUGGUGCUAACACUGGAUUGAUCUCUACCUAUGCAUUGGCAGUACUAGUCUUGUUCAUCAUCAACCUAUUUCAUACAUCAUUAUCUGGCCCUUUAGCGGUUCUGUAUAAGUUCUUGGACUACUAUGGUUCAUUUGAUUGGAGUAACUACUGUAUCUGUGUCAGUGGUCCUGUGCCAAUAUCUUGCCUUCCAGAACUUGUGGCAGUUUCUCCAGAAAAUGGGCAUGAGUUAUUGCUUGACGAGAAGUUUAUAAGAGACUGUGUACAGUUAUAUUCUGCUCCAACUAAAGCUGUUGAAACAAAUGGUCUUGAGUUUACUAUCAAACAUCUCAACAUAGUUGAUCCACUUAAACACAGCAACAACCUUGGAAAAAGUGUUACAAAAGGAAAUUUCCAACGAAUAAGACAUGCUUUUACACUGGGAGCUCGAAAGCUCAGAGAUGUUCUUUCACUACCUGGUGAAACCAUGGGAUGGAGACUGGAGAAAUUCUUUGGCAAUUCUUUGGAGAGGAAUGGUAAAGGACAAAGACUAGAUGUGAAUGAUCCAGUUACUGCGUUUGGUACUGGAAGAUCAGAAUUAUCUGAACUCAGUGGAGAUUUUGAAGGUUACUUUGGAAGACUUGUGUAUGGGCAAAUGUAUCACGGGUAUAGCUUACCUGGAACAUUUCAACACAGCUAUAUCCCGGUCGCUUCUCAAGUUAGGGACGCAAGUGCUUGGGAUAUUGUCCGUCGCCGAAAGAAUGAGAUUUAUCUAGGUGGUCUGAAUGGAUCAACUUCUGUGCAGCCUUUGCCUCUGCAGUCUUUAGAUAUUGUCUGUCAAAACAUGGGAAAGACGAGAGGAACGGGAACUUAUAUUCCUGACAUGAGUCAACAGUUAAACUCUGACAGGUUCAGAGACUCGGGUAAUGAAAACUCAUCAACUCAUCAUUUAGAAGCUUCCGCUGAGGCAAAAGAUGAUGAUGGAGCCAGUCGUUGCUGCAAUGUUUCUGGUGAAGUGUCUACUUGUGCCAGUAUCGAAGGAGAAAUAUGUGUGAAAUCAGAGACUUCUACUAACCCAGAUCAGCAUGUGUUGAAAUCUCCAAGAUUAGGGAAUUUGGAGAUUGAUGCUAUUUGCCAAUCUUCACCACCAGAAAACCACCUAGUAGAAGUUUCUAUAUCUUCAAGAACAUUGGGAAUGGAAAAUGGCAAAGAAAAGGAGAGCAAAUCCUCCCAAACGUUGAACGGUUCUUGACUUUAGUGAUUGUGACAGAAUCUUUGGUUGAUCUCUUGCCUUCAGGAUAUUAGGUUGUCUCUUAACCACAUGGACAAACUCUUAUUUAGGAUUCAAAAGAUUCAUCAGAAACUUGAUUACUUUUUAUCGACCAAUGUUUCAUGAGAGAUCUCUUCUUCAUUGUUGUAGGAAAGAACAUACACUAGUGGUAUGUAUAAAUUAGCAGUUACUGAGAAAAUUUAUCUGCUAUAUGUCUUUUGGUGAGAAUUCCGUAAAUUU